GAAAAUUUCAAAAAUGUUUCAAAUUCCCGUGGAGAAUCUUGACAACAUCAGGAAGGUACGGAAAAAAGUGAAAAGCAUUCUUGUGGAUAUUGGGCUUGACAGCUGCAAGGAGUUGCUGAAGGACCUUAAAGGCUUUGAUCCAGGAGAGAAGUACUUUUAUAACACAUCAUGGGGAGAUAUUUCUCUCUGGGAACCUUCUGGAAAGAAAGUGAGAUAUCGAACAAAACCAUACUGUUGUAGCCUCUGUAAAUACUCCACAAAAGUGCUUACUUCAUUCAAAAAUCAUUUACAUCGUUACCAUGAAGAUGAAAUUGACCAAGAGCUGGUGAUCCCUUGUCCAAACUGUGUGUUUUCCUCUCAACCCAGAGUUGUGGGAAGGCACUUCAGAAUGUUUCAUGCACCUGCUCGGAAAGUCCAGAACUACACAGUGAAUAUUUUAGGUGAAACUAAAUCAUCUAGGAGCGAUGUGAUAAGUUUUACAUGUUUAAAAUGUAACUUUUCAAACACUCUGUACUACAGCAUGAAGAAGCAUGUGCUGGUAGCCCAUUUUCACUACUUAAUUAAUUCCUACUUUGGCCUGAGAACUGAAGAGAUGGGUGAGCAACCAAGAGCUGACGACCCCCGUUCUACCGAGAAGAUGCCCCCAUCCGACAGGUAUUACUGUAAAAAGUGCAGCGCCAACGCCAGCAGCCAGGAUGCUUUAAUGUACCACAUCUUGACGUCGGAUAUACACAGGGAUUUGGAGAAUAAGCUUAGGUCUGUGAUCUCAGAACACAUUAAGAAGACUGGACUUAUGAAGCAAAUGCAUAUUGCUCCAAAACCAGCUGUACGUGUGGCUGUACCGCCCAACAGCAGUGCCCCGGGCAUCCCAGCCACGUCUCCUUGCUUCCACCUUGCCUUGCCGCAGAGCAGUCAGAGCCAGACUGUGGUACAGCCGGUUCAGGGCGCACCCCCUCCCGUGACUGUGGCCUCGGGCGCUUCUGGAAGCCUCACCCACUCCCCGCCUGCCGUCGCCCAGUCUCAUGUGACUCUGGUCUCCAGUCCUCUGCCAGUGGGCCAGGGCAACCUCACUCUGCCGCCCUCAACACCUCAGCCUGUCUUUCUCUCUCAUGGAGUUCCACUCAGUCAGGCAGCAAACCCUCCUGUGUUGCCCUUGAGUCAGCCAGUGGGACCUGUAAAUAAGUCUGUCGGAACCGGUGUCCUCCCCAUAAACCAGACCAUCCGCCCGGGGGUUUUGCCCCUCAACCAGCCUGUUGGGCCCAUAAGCAGACCAGCUGGGCCUGGAGUUCUUUCGGUAAAUAGACCUGUUGGGUCCGGUGUCCUUCCUGUCAAUCCCUCUGUCACGCCUGGAGUUCUUCAGGCGGUCUCCCCAGGGGUGAUUUCUGUGAGUCGGACAGUCCCGUCAGGGGUCCUUCCUGCGGGACAGAUGACCCCUGCUGGGGUUAUCCCUUCAGGACAGACAGCAACUUCUGGGGUCCUCCCUGCUGGCCAGGUGGUUCAGUCAGGGGUUCUCCCUAUUGGCCAGACAGCCCCGUCGGGGGUGCUCCCCACCGGGCUGACCGUCCCGCCGCGGGUUCUCCCUCCUGGCCAGACGGUCCCACUGAGGGUUCUCCCUGCGGGCCAGGUAGUCCCACCUGCGCUCCUUCCUCCCGACCAGACGGUCUCGUCAGGGCUUCUCCCUGUGAGCCAGGGUAUCAACUCGGGUGUUCUCCAGCUCAGCCAGCCUGUUGUGUCAGGGGUCCUUCCCGUGGGCCAGCCAGUGAGGCCAGGGGUCCUGCAGCUUAAUCAGCCUGUGAGUACCAACAUCCUGCCUGCACAUCAGCCCAUUAGACCCGGGGCUUCGCCAAACACCGCUUUCCUGACAUCAGGCUCUAUUCUCAGACAACUAAUACCCACAGGGAAACAAGUGAAUGGGAUUCCCACGUACACACUUGCCCCAGUAUCUGUCACUUUGCCUGUGCCCCCUGGAGGUGUCGCCACUGUUGCCCCUCCCCAGAUGCCCAUCCAGCUCCUACAGUCGGGCACAGCUGCACAGAUGGCCAGCUCCAUGGCCAGCCUGCCCUCCCCACCAGUGGUGGUAAAUGCCACUCAGAAUAUGUUCCUUCAGCCCUCUUCGUCUAUGGCGGAGGCAAAUCAGGUGCUCAAACAGGCAAAGCAGUGGAAAACCUGUCCAGUUUGCAACGAGCUCUUCCCUUCCAACGUCUACCAGGUCCACAUGGAAGUGGCACAUAAGCACAGCGAAUCCAAAUCCGCUGAAACACUGGAGCCGGAAAAGCUGGCGGCAUGUGCGCCGUUUCUAAAGUGGAUGAGAGAGAAAACAGUUCGGUGUUUGUCCUGUAAGUGCUUAGUCUCAGAGGAGGAGCUUAUCCGCCACUUACUGGUGCACGGCCUGGGGUGCUUGUUCUGCCCGUGCACUUUCCACGAUAUUAAAGGCCUCUCAGAGCAUAGUAGGGCUAUGCACCUAGGGAAGAGGAGACUGCCCGCGGACUAUAGUGACAAAGGAUUUCAGCUGGAUGUCGAUGCCAAUGGCAGCCUGCUGUUUCCCCACCUUGACUUCAUCACCAUCCUGCCCAGGGAGGAGCUGGGUGAGCGGGAGGUCUACUUGGCCGUCCUGGCUGGGAUACACUCCAAGUCACUGGUGCCCGUGUACAUCAAAGUGAGGCCGCAGACCGAGGGGGCGCCCGGGAGGCCUGGCAACCAGGCGCUGACCUGCCCCUUUUGCUUCGGCACCUUUGUGACGGCUGAGGCAUACGAGCUGCAUCUGAAGGAGCGGCACCACAUCAUGCCAACGGUCCACACGAUUUUGAAAUCCCCGGCUUUCAAGUGCAUCCACUGCUGUGGGGUUUACACGGGCAACAUGACUCUGGCAGCCAUUGCCAUACAUCUGCUGCGCUGUCGGAGCGCUCCAAAGGACAGCAGCUCAGGCCUGCAGGUCCAGCCUAAUUUUAUUGAGAACAGUGAACUGCUUUUAGUCAAUGGCGAGGUGAUACACGACUCCGGUUUUUCUGUGAAGAGAAAGCUGCCUGAUGGCCAGUUUGGGGCUGAAGACCAGAGGGACGGCGAGGAGCGGCCUCUCCUCGUAAACUCUGACCCAGAGCCGUCCCCAGAGCAGGUGACGAGUGCCGUGCCUUUCAAAAGACAGAGGAACGAAAGCAGGACGGAGGGACCCCUUGUUAAUGAUGAUGCUCUCCAGAUUUUAGCACUGAAUCCUAAAAAAUAUGAAGACCGUUCUUAUGAAGAAAAAAAGCAGUUUCUUAGAGAUUAUUUCCACAAGAGACCAUAUCCCAGUAAAAAGGAAAUAGAACUGUUAUCCUCACUCUUAUGGGUGUGGAAAAUUGACGUGGCUUCAUUUUUUGGAAAAAGAAGGUAUAUUUGCAUGAAAGCAAUAAAAAAUCACAAGCCUUCUGUACUUUUAGGCUUUGAUAUGUCUGAACUUAAAAAUGUUAAACACAGAUUGAACUUUGACUAUGAACCACAAAACUUGUAAAAAAAAAAAUUAGGAAAUCUAAAGUACUAGAUAAUUAGUAGUCUUUUUCAAUUGAGAUUUUUAAAAAUGUUAUUUUCUUCACUGUAUGUUGAACUAAUCAAUUUCAGUGGUCUUUAUGCUGCUCUUUAGAUUUAUUUCAGGUGCUCAGAAAGACUUCUAUAUAAAGAAGUGAAUAGUUCUUUCAAAUUUAUUGUUUCCUGCAGCUUGAUUUUGUAACAGUUGUUUUUCAUUUUUUCCUGUCAUGUAAAUGAAAUCUUUUGAUAUUUCAUGCAUGCCUUGUUUUCCCAGUAGUGUCAGUAUCGUAUGAUAAAAACUGAAAUCUAUAUAUGUUUGUUUUUCAUUUAAGGAAAUUUCAGCUUGUUUCAGAAUACUUGAUUAACUGCGAAUUAAAACUGCUCUCCCUCAGCUUCACAAGUAGCAGCAGAUGAUACAGUAAAUGUUUAGAGAAGUGAGUAGAAGCCCCUGUGACAUGUCUGGUUCCUUAAGGAUGCACUGCAUUAACUUAUGCUGAUUUCUUCUUGUAAGACGCACACGUAGCCCUUUAGGUGUCGAGAUAUACAGGGCAUCCUGAUCCUAGAUGGUUACAGCACCAACAGUAACAGUGCCCUCUGUGUGCCAGAUUUUAUAUGUGCUUUCAAAUAACUAACUGGAGUGGCUACGUACCUCAGUAAGACAACUUACACAAAAGAAGGAGGGCAGCUGAUGCGGGAAUUUCUGAAGCUCACUGGGGAAGCCUAAGUUUAGCCCUGCCAGUGGCUUGCUUCCCACUCCAGUCACAUGACUCCAGGCAUGUUAGCAGAGGCCUUUUCACUACGUUCAGCUCUAAGGUGGUGGUAGUGACCAUCUUGGUCCAAUAAGUCACUAAUUUAGAAGUAAGCAGGAUACACAUAUAUCAACACCCAGUAUGUAGAAUUUUCUAACCAUAUCCUAGCUAUUGGCAUUGCCAAUUUUUUUGGCCUCUACAUAACAUUCUGUGUGAGAUGAUUUGAUGACUAAAGGUGAACCUGGGAUACUAAAAAUAGGUGUAUUGUUACUGACAACGUGGGAUCAACUCAGAAUUUUAAAAACGAAAAUGGAAAAUCUUGGUAAAUUCAUUAUGAGAUCUAUUCAGUAAUCAAAGUAGAUUAACAUUACUGUGAUUACAGGUUCUUAUCUAUCUGAGUCCCACUUAGAAAUGAAUCUUUAAAUAUAUGUUUAGAACUGCACACUUUUAUUUUUGGCUGUGCUGCGCGGCUUGCGGGAUCUUAGUUCCCCGACCAGGGAUUGAACCUGCACCCUCCGCGGUGAAAGCGUGGAGUCCUAACCACUGUACCGCCAGGGAAUUCCCAGAAGAACUGUACACUGUUGUCCACAUGAAACGUAUCUUAUUUCCAGGAUCAAAAUACCCAUAAUGUCUGAGGGUUGCAGUGUAAUUAAAUGAUAUCCUCAUUUUAAUUUCUCAACACUUAAGAAGUUCAGGGUGUGAACUACUUAACCUUACUCUGCCAUCUGAGAAGCUACGCCGGUUCCGGCUGUACUAUGCCUGUUUUUCCAUUCACAAAAUGGCAGGUGGGGAGAGGUGAUUCCUUCUGUGUUUCAUAAGAAAUGGCCUCAGUAUAAUCAUAUGUUUUAUUUUUAAUGCACUAGAAAUAGAGAAUGGGUCUUUGCCAAUUCCUGGACAGUUAAUUAGUAAGCUGCUUCCUUGCAAUGACUUGUGUAAGAAUAGAUUAGUUGGCAUCAAUGCAUUCCUGUCCUACAGGGUUGUCAAAGUGGCUACCAAAAAAACACUAGACACCCAAUAUCUUGUAAUAACCUAUAAUGGAAUAUAAUCCGCCAAAAAGCCUAGUCACUGUGCUGUAUGCCUAAAACUAACACAAUGUUGUAAAUCAACUAUACUUCAAUUUAAAAAAAGACUAGACAGAUUCAAAGAGUUCAGAACACAGUAUAUUCUUCAGGGUAACCAUAAGAGUCUUUUGCCUUCUAAUAUAAAGUCCACCUCAAUCUAGAUCAUUUGGUUGUAACUCAAACUCAAAAUGUAGACUAGCAUAAAAGUCUAAGAGAUUGUCUUUCAUUACAUUUCUCCACGCACCCCGCAUGGUCAGGAACUUUUGCCCAUGAGGAUAAGCGAUGUGAAGGAAGACAGUGCCAGAAUGAUUAAUUUUCUUUGGUUUAAAAUUUAAUAUUCAUUUAUUUAAAAAAUUAAGCUGCUACCUACAUUUGGUAAUGUUAUAUUCUUCCCGUAGUGGUUUCUCACUGCUAAGACACUAUUUGUGUGCAUAGUCUAAGAUUAUCAGCAACAUUAUUUUAUAAGUAUUUCACUAUCGGGAUAAUAUUGCAGACUUUUCUUCCUAAAGCAGUAAAGUACCUUUGGACCAGGUAUUCCUGGGUAUGUGCUAUAUAUAUCUGUCCGCCUAUCAUAGUUUAUAUCGAUUGAGUAUGUCCAGUAGUAGAAAGAUGCUAAUAAAAAUGCAAAGGGCAACUUGAGUCCCAGUAAAACAAGGUGAAGUGCUUUGACUGUUGAGUUCAUCUGAAGCUGUCAGAAUACGUUACACACAUCAAGUGUGUCUGCCUCACUUCAGGGGCUUUAGGGAAGUGGGAGGUGCACUUUCACGUACAAGACAUGCAGAGUCCUUACAAACCUAAAAUCUAAAAGAAAAGGGUGAGGCUAGAACAAGUUACUCUGAUGACAUAAUUUUGGAUAAAUGUGGUCUUCAUUACUGUAUAACGUAUCAUAGGUUUCUAAAAUUUGUCAAAAUCAGCCUUUCAUGUUGGACCUUUUGAGUUCAGUGGUUCAGUCCCUCGUCACUGGAGGCUCCAGGAGUUUGUACAAGCGUGUGUGACUUGGGUCUGUGUUUAACACAUUGCUGCAGCCCCUUCCCCCUGAUUCGUUCUCAUUUUCACCUGAGCCCACCUGUGAGUUGGCAUUAUAUUGCCACAGACUGAAGCGUGAACUGCCCUAGAGAUUUAAAUCCUAACGUUGAUUCCUUGCCAGGUGCUAGUUACAAAAUCGUAAUCUGAAAUGAAAAGAUGGUAAAUAGAUCAAAUAGCUUUUUUUUCUGUUGCAAAUUCGGUUGGCAUCUGAAUAUUUGGAUAGAUUAGUUAAAAAUCCAAAUAUCUUGGUAAUUUAAAUAUACGACUAUAUCUUAGUGUUUAAAUCACAGCAAUGUUUGUGAUAUAAUCCAACAUACCCGCAAACUCAUCAGCUCUCCUUAGAAGUCUUCAAGACUCCUGUCUGAAUCUUUGUUCUGUAAUAAAGAAACAUUAGUUUAGGAUUAACUGAAUUUGUGCAUUUAAUUUAUGAAUAAAUUUUUUUAAAGAUUUUAACGACUGUGCAAAGAAUAGUGUUGGUUAUUAACUUGGUAAUUUGAAUUGCAAAACUAUUUUUACAUGGAAUGCUUAUGUUUUUAAGUUGAUAGUGUUGCUUAAUAGAAGUAACUAUUAAUUCAAUUCGAUUAACUUCUUGUUUCCAUUAUCGCCAUUUGUAAAACCUGACAGGAAUUUUACAAAUGAGCAGGGGCUGAGGUGCUUCCUGACUGGUAUUAAUUUUAAGGGAUACAUAUUCAAAACCUCUUGAUCACGUGCAAUGGUGCCAUGCUAAGUAUGCGAUGCAGCCACUGAAGAUGGCGGCCAGUGUGGCUGUAGAUGGGCACCUGUAGCCACGAGGUACCUCACUCAUCCGUUCGUCAU